AUGCAUCUUAAUUGGUUACUCAUCACUUGUUUAAUUGUUCUUUUGUCUAUUGGUUUGACAACAAGAACAGUUGAUGCAAGCAAAAAAUCGAAAGAAGAAAAGGAAGAAGAAUCAAGCUCAACGGACACCGAGACAGAUUCGGAUGAUGAUGAUGACGACGACGACGACGAUGAUGAUGAUGAUAAAAAAGUAGUGUUCAUUCCACGUGAAAGAGCUUCGAUUUUCCUCUCGUACAAUGAAUGUAUGCGACGAAUGAACUGUGGUAAACUACGCAAAGAAGAAUGCAGUGAAGAAUGUGCUGAUGGUAAUACUGAAGAAGAAAUGGAAGAAUAUCACGAAAUAUUCGAGCAUAUUGAAGAAUAUCGAUCAGAUUUUAAAAAGAAAUCACCAAAAAAAAUAAAUAAAAAAUCCUCCUCCUCAUCCUCAUCUUCCUCAUCCUCAUCUUCAUCUUCAUCGGAUAGUGAUGAUAGCUCAACAGAUUCAACAACAACCGACAAUGAAAGUGAUCCAAGUAGUGAAGAAGAAGAUGCACCUGAUGAUAAGAAUAAAAAAUCCAAACCAAUAAAGAAAAAUUGA